AUGGUGGGUCCCGGCGAGCAGUCCUGGUACUUAGAAACAUGUAACACACAUGGCGGUAAGGGCCUGUUUUGUUUUAAAGCCAAGGAAAAUAUCCAUGAAAUUAAGAAAGAAUUUGAUUCGCUCUUGCAAACAGCUGAGAAGGCGUUUAUGGUGGAGCUGCUGAAGAAGCCAGUUGCCAUCAGGAAAAUUAAAAGUCUUGCUUGGGAAGUUACCCUCAGAGUAACAUUUUUAUUGUAUUCUAGUGCUGGAUUACAACAGACUGUCUCAAGAACUGUACCUACCAGUGGAAGAGUUCAAGUCAUGUUACUAAGAAGUAAAUCAGUAUCUCAAGAUAAAACUUCGUUUGUAAACAUUCAUCUGGCUGAUGGACAGGAAUCAAGACACUGUAUGGCUGAUAGAGACCUCCAUAAUAUUGAUGUGCAACUACUAAAUCAAGAUACAGUACAGCAUAUUCAUAAACUAGUAGUAAGCUUAAACUAGUAGGCUUACAUAAAAAUAUUCAGACACCUAGUCUCAGGUUUUCAUGUGAGAUACUGUCAUGAAUGCAGAUUUGAAGUGCUUGAACUCUUCUGAGGUUAAGUCUAAAUUGGUCGGCAUAAAUUGGAGGGAGGAAUAGGGCAAGGGAGGAACAGGGAGGGGAGAACUGCGGCACACAGAUUUCCGUAAAAAUAAAUGCACUUAAAUAAGCAUGCGCAGUUUGGUAAUUGCAUGGGGAGGGGGGCAGAAGCAUAAAUUCUUCCUUCUAGAUGGCUCUGGUGUCUCUCCUGCCAUUCUCUAUCUCAUAUUCACAAAGGCUCACAAAGCUACAGCCAAGUUUCAAUUCCUGUUAUAAUCUAUUAUUCUCUGUCCCUUGCUGAGUAAGAACUAUACUCCUGUUAAUUCUCUGUUGCAUUUGAAUAGUAAUGGCCUUACCUUUGGUGCAGGGAAGUAAAUUGUUUUGAAUCAGAAUGAAGUUGAACAGAAUUUUGUAGCACAUAGUGCCUGACUUUUCUGACAAUAAGGGUACCUGGACUUUUGGAUGAAGUAAUGUGAAGCACUAGAAGUCUAUCUAGAUGUAAGAAAUAUUAAUCAAUUUACAGUCUUGCAGGUAUUUACAGACUUGAAUGUAACUACUUUUAAGCUACAGGUCUGGAAACUGCUUUGUGUUUUAGAACACGGACCUGCCUCUGUAGGUAAAGAAUGAGGGAGUGCUUGCUUGCUGCUUGCAUUAGCAAUAGUGACUUUUCUCUUUUUUCUGUCAAGUUCUGUUGGGUAGCGUGAACUAAAAUUAUUUUUUCCCCCUUAGAGUAAGAUGACUGCACUAUGUGGAAAGGCAAUAGCUAAACCAAGUUAAUGGAAAUGUCUGUGACUACAGAAUAUUCAUGACAGCUCUUGCUUGCUUCCUCUGAAGCUUGUAGAGAAUGUCUAUAAUGUCUUAAUAAAGCUGCAUACUAUCCAGUAAAUGUUUUUAUGUAAAAGCUUACAA